ACAGUUAGGAUGCCAUGCUUGACUUUUCUUCCUCCUUGCCCAUAUGCACCCAAAACAUUUUAUAGUUUUAACCAUUCUGCAACAGUAUUAGUGAAGUCACAGAUAAUUAACCCUGUCCUUUACUCUGGCUUCAACAUUCUUCUCUGAUCUUGCCUUUGCUAAGCUUCCAUGGCUAGCUCCCGUGGGUUUCUUCUCUGUGUUGCCCUGCAAGCAUUAGCCAUGGCUUCCACACUUUCAGUUCUUCCAAUAAACACUGAAGCGAUAGAUGUUCAAGGGCAAACCUUUUGCCCUUCUUCUUCCUGUGGGUUUCUCCAAGACAUUCGAUAUCCUUUCCGUAAGCAAGGUGAUCCACCUGGUUGCGGUUUUUCAGAAUACGAGCUGGUUUGUAUUGAUAACAAGGCUAUAAUUCACAUCAACACUGGAAGAUACUUUGUGACUAGCAUCUCCUAUACUGACAGUACAUUCUGGGUUGUUGAUGCCAAUUUGUAUAAUAGCAGUUGUCCCAUUCCUGAGAGGAACCGACGCCCUUACGCAGAUGGUUUGCAGUCCAAAAGCUUCUCCUUGCUGCGUCCUGAUGCAUUUACUUGGGCUGCCUUUGUGAGUUGUUCAGAGCUGAUAGCAAGUGAUAUUAUUCCCUCGUCCACCGGUUUCCUUAGUGAUGUUAUGUACAAGCCCGUUGAUUGCAGGAGUACAAAGAAUUCUUUAGUUUAUGUUUUCAUUACUACAAUCACUCCUAGGGUUGGAAACAUCAAGCCUUCAUGCAGAUACUUGUCCAUGAUUCCUUUGGGUAGUUGGGAUGUGAUGGCACCAAAUAAUGCAAGUUUUGAAGAUGUUGUAAAAUUUAUGAGGAAUGGAUUUGCUGUUAGAUUUCCUGUGAAAAUUGAAGAUCGCCCAUACCGUGUCAUCAUUAACCAUUGCCUGAAUGAUUCAGUGAGCUACUUCUACACUCAAAUAUCUAGUUCAAGCAUCCUGAAUCAGACUUCUGCCAUUGUGGGGAUCGACCUCAAUUUCUUAAGAUGUGUAAACGAUGAAACCUACCGAAGUAGACUAUUUUGGAUUGCGGUGGCCAUAAUAUCUGUUAUGGACAUUGUGAAGUUCGUGAUCGUACUUGCAAUACUAUCGAGGUUUGUGUUUUCACCAUUAGCUGUAUUGACCUUCCUCGCCUACAAAUAUUGGAAAACAAGGAUAUCCAUUGAUGCAGUUGAGAAGUUUCUCCAAAUGCAACAAGCUCUUAGUCCAACAAGGUACGCCUAUACCGACAUCACUGCAAUCACAGGGCACUUUAGAGAGAAGCUGGGGCAAGGAGGCUAUGGGUCUGUGUACAAAGGUGUGCUUCCUGGUAAUGUUUUUGUUGCUGUCAAAAUGUUGGGCAAUUCGUUCUGCAAUGGAGAUGAGUUUAUCAGUGAGGUUUCCACCAUCGGAAGUAUCCACCAUGUCAAUGUAGUGCGUCUCGUGGGGUUUUGCGCUGAGGAAAUGAGGAGGGCGCUCGUGUAUGAGCACAUGCCCCGUGGAUCGCUUGAUAAGUACAUCUUCUCAUCUGAGCGUAGUUUUUCCUGGGAUAAGAUUAAUGAAAUAGCUUUAGGCAUUGCCAGAGGAAUCAAUUACUUGCAUGGAGGAUGUGAUAUGCAGAUACUGCACUUCGACAUCAAGCCACACAAUAUCCUUUUAGACAACAACUUCACACCUAAAAUUGCUGACUUUGGGCUGGCCAAAUUAUACCCAAGGGACAACAGCUUUGUGCCUGUGAGCGCUGCGCGGGGAACUAUUGGGUACAUAGCUCCUGAGAUGAUAUCUCGUAACUUCGGUGUCGUUUCCUGCAAAUCAGAUGUUUACAGCUUCGGGAUGCUAUUGCUGGAGAUGGCUGGGGGGCGAAGGAACUCAGACCAACAUGCAGCAAGGAGAAGCCAGGUAUACUACCCAGCUUGGGUGUAUAAUCAUCUAACCCGGCAAGAGAUAGGGGAGAUUUGUGAAGCUUUUAAUAUCCAUGAGGUGGAGAGGAAGCUGUGCAUUGUUGGGUUAUGGUGCAUUCAGAUGAAAUCACAUGAUCGACCGACGAUGAGUGAGGUCAUUGAGAUGCUUGAAGCUGGCGUUGAUGGUCUCCAGAUUCCUCCCGAACCAUUCUUCUGUGGGAGUGAGCAAAAUUCUGUAACUGGUACUUUCCAUCUCUCCUCGGAGUUGAGUGCAAUCUCAGAGAAUGAGGUUACUGAUUCCACAAGAUGAGCCCAUUGUGCCCCUGUACGUGCGACAAGUAGCUAGAAUAUGAAAUCUGUAUUCACGGCUGUAAUUGAAUGAUGCUCAAUAUUUAAUCAUUUGCAAUGCCAUGUAAUUUGAUUAUAUGCUGUGAUGCUGUGAUCCGAGAGAUUUGUAGGUA